AUGGCAUCAGAUUCCCAGGAUAAAGCCAUAGACGCGCACUCCCGCUCCGCCCUGGCGUCCACAAAGACGAAUUUGCGCUACCUGUACGACCCAAAAACCGCACACGGUGUCAACUCACGCCGCACUCGCGCCCUCCUCCGCGUGCUGCGCUCCAGCGUUAUAUUCAUCUUCUGGCGCGUCGUAAGGUACGCGAAAUAUGUCGCCAUUGGGUCACUAGUAGCGACCAUAGGAGCUGGCGUCUUUGGUACGUUUGUGUCAGGAGCCGGUUUUGUGCUUGCGCCUACGGGAAUACUGGGUACGGUGGUCGCGGGCACAACUUGGGGAAUUGGAAGGCUUGCUGUUAGGAGGUUAAGAGGAAGAUGGGACAGGGGCCACGGGUAUGGGGAUGCAGAGCAGCAAAGAGACGAGAGGUUGACGCAGAGGGGACCGGAGGCAAUGCCGUGGUAA